GGCGUCCGCGGGCCGUGGGGGAUGGGAGCGGCGAGCUCCAGCCCUCGGCGGCGGCGGCGGCGGCGGCGGCGGCGGCCGUGAGUGUCGGGCGGGCGUCCGCGUCCGGGACGCGGGAUGGAGCGCCGCGGAGUUCCGUUUUUUUGACUGUUAUAUGAAAGGAUGAUUGCUCACAAACAGAAAAAGACAAAGAAAAAACGUGUCUUGUCAACAGGCCAGCUCUCUACUGAUGUUACAACUUCUGAAAUGGGGCUCAAGUCCUUAAAUUCCAACUCCAUUUUGGAUCCUGAUUACAUCAAGGAGUUGGUGAAUGAUAUCAGGAAGUUCUCCCAUGUGUUACUAUAUUUGAAAGAAGCUAUUCUUUCAGACUGUUUUAAAGAAGUCAUUCAUAUACGUCUGGACGAACUUCUUCGUGUUUUAAAGUCUGUAAUGAAUAAACAUCAGAACCUCAAUUCUGUUGAUCUUCAAAAUGCUGCAGAAAUGCUUGCUGCAAAAGUGAAAGCUGUGAACUUCACAGAAGUAAAUGAAGAAAACAAAAAUGAUCUCUUCAGAGAAGUGUUUUCUUCCAUUGAAACCUUGGCCUUUACCUUUGGAAAUAUCCUGACAAACUUCCUCAUGGGAGAUGUAGGCAAUGAUUCAUUAUUGCGACUGCCUGUUUCCCGGGAAAGUAAGUCUUUUGAAAAUGUUUCUGUGGAAUCAGUGGACUCAUCCAGUGAAAAAGGAAGUUUUUCUCCUAUAGAAUUAGACAGCAUGCUGUUAAAGAACACUAACUCUAUAGAAUUGGCUUUGUCAUAUGCUAAAACAUGGUUAAAAUAUACCAAGAACAUAGUUGCAUGGGUUGAAAAGAAGCUGAGCUUGGAAUUGGAGUCCACUAGAAAUAUUGUCAAGUUGGCAGAGGCAACUAGAACUAACAUUGGACUACAGGAGUUUAUGCCACUGCGGUCUUUAUUUACCAAUGCUCUUCUUAAUGAUAUAGAGAGCAGUCACCUUUUACAACAAACAAUUGCAGCUCUCCAAGCCAACAAAUUUGUGCAGCCUCUACUUGGGAGGAAAAAUGAAAUGGAAAAACAAAGGAAAGAAAUAAAAGAACUUUGGAAACAGGAACAAAAUAAAAUGCUUGAAACAGAGACUGCUCUUAAAAAGGCAAAAUUGUUGUGCAUGCAACGUCAAGAUGAAUAUGAAAAAGCAAAAUCUUCCAUGUUUCGUGCAGAAGAGGAGCAUCUGUGCUCAAGUGGUGGAUUAGUAAAAAAUCUCAACAGGCAGCUAGAAAAAAAGCGAAGACUGGAAGAAGAGGCUCUUCAAAAAGUAGAAGAAGCAAAUGAACUCUACAAAGUUUGUGUGACAAAUGUUGAAGAAAGACGAAAUGAUCUAGAAAAUACCAAAAGAGAAAUUUUAACACAACUCCGGAAACUUGUUUUCCAGUGUGAUCUUACCCUUAAAGCUGUAACAGUUAACCUCUUCCAGAUGCAACACCUGCAGGCUGCCUCCCUCGCGAACAAUUUACAGUCUCUCUGUGAUGGUGCCAAACUCUAUGACCCAGGCCAGGAGUACAGUGAGUUUGUCAGGGCCACGAAUUCAGCUGAGGAGGAAAAAGUUGAUGGGAAUGUAAAUAAACAGUUAACAAAUACCCCUCACACUUCCGGUUAUGGACCUUCCAACUCUUUAGAAGAUGUUGUGCGCCUUCCUGACAACUCUAAUAAGAUUGAAGAGGACAGAUGCUCUAACAGUGCAGACAUAUCAGGUCCUUCUUUUAUAAGGUCAUGGACAUUUGGGAUGUUUAGUGAUUCUGAGAGCACUGGAGGAAGCAGUGAAUCUAGAUCUCUGGAUUCUGAAUCUAUAAGUCCAGGAGACUUUCAUCGAAAACUUCCACGAACUCCAUCCAGUGGAACCAUGUCUUCUGCAGAUGAUCUGGAUGAAAGAGAGCCACCUUCCCCUUCAGAAGCUGGACCCAAUUCCCUUGGAACAUUUAAGAAAACUUUGAUGUCAAAGGCAGCUCUCACUCACAAGUUUCGCAAACUGAGGUCCCCCACGAAGUGCAGGGACUGUGAAGGCAUUGUGGUAUUCCAGGGUGUUGAAUGCGAAGAGUGUCUCCUUGUUUGUCACCGGAAGUGUUUGGAAAAUUUAGUCAUCAUCUGUGGUCAUCAGAAACUUCUGGGGAAAAUACACUUAUUUGGAGCAGAAUUCACACAAGUUGCAAAAAAGGAACCAGAUGGCAUCCCUUUUGUACUCAAAAUAUGUGCCUUAGAGAUUGAAAAUAGAGCCUUGUGUCUACAGGGAAUUUAUCGUGUAUGUGGAAACAAAAUAAAAACUGAAAAACUGUGUCAAGCAUUGGAAAAUGGAAUGCACUUGGUAGACAUUUCAGAAUUUAGUUCACAUGACAUCUGUGAUGUCUUGAAAUUAUACCUUCGACAGCUCCCAGAACCAUUUAUUUUAUUCCGAUUGUACAAGGAAUUUAUAGACCUUGCAAUAGAGAUCCAACAUGUAAAUGAAGAACAAGAGAUGAAAAAGGAUAAUCCUGAGGACAAAAAAUGUCCAAGUACGUGUAUAGAAAUAAACCGAAUUCUUCUAAAAAGCAAGGAUCUUCUAAGACAAUUGCCAGCAUCAAAUUUUAACAGCCUUCAUUACCUCAUAGUUCAUCUUAAGCGAGUCGUAGAUCAUGCAGAAGAAAACAAAAUGAACUCCAGAAACUUGGGGGUGAUAUUUGGACCAAGUCUCAUUAGGCCAAGGCCCACAACUGCUCCUAUCACCAUCUCCUCUCUUGCUGACUAUUCAAAUCAAGCGCGGUUGGUGGAGUUCCUCAUUACCUACUCACAGAAGAUCUUCGAUGGGUCCCUACAGCCACAAGAUGUAGCUGUGUGUAGUGCAGGUGGUGGUGCACCUCAGGUUGACCAAGGCUAUCUUCCGAAGCCUCUGUUAUCACCAGAAGAAAGAGAUCCAGAACAUUCUGCGAAGUCACUGUUUUUCUCUUCAAAGGAAGAUAUCCAUACUGCAGAUAGUGAAAGCAAAAGUUUUGAAUCCACUGCAUCAUUUGAGGAAUCAGAACGGAAGCAAAAUGCAUUCGAAAAAUGUGAUGCAUGUCUCAUUGACAACAAAGUGCGUUUGCUUGUAGACCAAGAGCUUGAAUCAGCAUCACAAAAGAUGGAAGAUGUUUGUAAAACCUCCAAGCUGCCUACUCUGAAGUCCGAUAGGGAAAUAAAUGGCGUCGAGAGGCAUACUCCAAGGACCAAGAUUAGACCUGUAAGUUUGCCUAUAGACAGACGACUACUUCUUGCAAGCUCUCCUAAUGAGAGAAAUGGCAGAAAUAUGGGGAAUGUAAAUUCAGACAAGUUUUGCAAGAAUCCUACCUUUGAAGGAGUUAAUAGAAAAGACACCCCAACUAUUGUUUGUUCCAAAUUUGAUGGCUUUGAUCAGCAACCUCUACAGAAAACUCGGGAGAAACGGUAUGAACAAAAUGACCUGACUGCAAAGACUGCAGUGAUUGUGCCCAGUGCAUUCCAGGAAAGAGAAGUGUCAGUGAGCAUCAGGAGUGGUGGGGACCACCCAGUCAGCACCACCAGUAAGCCAUACACAGAACCCAUCAGGUCAGCCAGACAGGUGUCAGAGAGACGGUCUUCUGACUCCUGCCCUCCUGCUCCUGUCAGAGCACCCAGAACACUGCAGCCCCAGCACUGGACCACGUUUUAUAAACCACCUGCUCCUGCUGCUAGUGGGAGAGGGAAUGAGGAGAAAUCUGUGACAUCCUCCGCAGCUGUGCCCCCUUGCACAACUCACGCUCCCCAGGAGCACGCGCUGAAAUCAGUUCCAGGUUCUGAAAAUGCAUCAGCUGGUCCCGUGCAGCCAGUUAGCAAGCCUAAAGAGAAGGCUGAAGAGCGUGACUUACCUGGUGUACAUCCAGCAUGUCAGAGACCGAGGCUAAAACGAAUGCAGCAGUUUGAAGACCUUGAAGAUGAAAUCCCACAGUUUGUGUAGGGUUGUCAGAAUUCAGUUUUUCUUUUUUUGUUUUGUGGUGUUGUAUUUGUUUUCUGGAAGAAAUUUUUGACAGAGCCUCUCUUGUAUAGGAUUGCCAAAUCAUGGAUUUUGUUUUUUGUCAUUGUGUUGUGUUAUCCUGUGUUGGUUAUACUGAAUGACAGAAUGUUUUGAUAGGGCCCCAUCUGUGCCUCACUGGAAUUAUAUGUGUUUUUGAAGUUGUGAAUAAAUAGAUAGACUCAUGUUUUUUAAAGUUCAGUUGAUUCCCCAUAAUAUGGUCCAUUUAAGUGCAUCCCUAAUAUAUGAUAUCGCUCUCAACUAAUAGGUGCAAUUGAGGAAAUCAGCUUUAUUUUUUUGAAGUGAAACUACAUGCUUAUUUAUAAAAGGAAUGUUUCCGAGUGCAAGUGCCUGAAAGAUCUUUGUUUGGUAUGAUUGUUUUUUCACACAAUUUUAUAGUGUAUCUUUGACCAUUUGUGCUUUUAUGGUAUGUGUGUAACCUUUUAUUUUUCAAUUGGCGAGUCACUUAACUUUUUCAUAUUUGCGUAAUGGCCAAAAGGCUUGCAAAUCUGUAUUUAAUUGCAUUUUAAUUAAUUGCCAGAUUUUACACGUGAUAGUCAGUUGAAUUGUACAAAGAAAAUGCACUUAAACAUGUUUCUAAAUUGUAUAGUUCAGUCAUGUCUUAUUUGGUUUUAGCUAUUAUACAUUUAAUAAUUUUCACUUCUUGGCUUUGUUCUGCAUAAACUUCUGUUGUUCAACAGUUCUGAACCUUUUGGUAUUUUAUAUAAUAGUCCAAAACAAUGUUUUAAAAUUCAGUGCCUUUCCUUUUAAUAUUGUCUGGGACUUUCUUUAAAAAAAACAUUUCUUUUGUAUGAAGUGUUUUCACUUAUGAAUAAUUUUAUGUACUUUUUCUACCUGAGUUUAUAACCAUUGACAAUGUAUGUUUCAUCUGAAUCAUACAAAGAUUUAUUUAAGUUGAUUCUAAGUAUAAUUCAAUAAGCCUCAUUGUUUGGAAUUUGAGAGGAAGUACAGAUGAUUGGAUAUAUUUCAUUUAUAAAAUUCCCAGUUUUUAGAACUAGUAUAGUUCUGUUAUUUUCUUGGUUUUGUCAUUUUGCGUAAAAUAGGAUAUAAAAGGGACAAAAAAUAAAAUACCCUCUUUUUAUAUGUGUGAAUUAUAUUUGUAACAAAUGCUUUUGUAUGACCAUGUUAUACUUGAUAAAAAAUAUAUAUAUUAACCUGUUAAAUUAUUUCAAGUUCUUGUGGUUUCUCUGAAAUUGUGGCCUCUUAGGGUGUGAGACUUUAAGGUUUAUUAACCAUUGGCUUAGUGGUCAGCACUUGGGGCUCAUAUGUCCCUUGACUACAACAUGGAAUUCAUUUUAUGGGAAGUUGUUAUAUAGUUCUAUAUGACAUUAAGGACUAGGAAGAAAGAAUAACCCAUCUUUUUGUGCUGGAGCCUUGUUUUUAGUCCUCAUUGUAAAAAAUAUAAAAGAAUUGUAUUGGUAUGAAAAUCUAAAAAGAAAAUAAGAGCCAACAUUGAGCCCUUUCUGCGUGCCAUGAACUCUGCUAAGUUCCACAUAAAUUAUUUCAAGUUUACAGCAGCCUAUAAUGGGUAGGUAAGUACUUUAUUAUUCCUGUGUUAUGGAUAAGGAAACUGACGCUUAGUUAAAUAAUGUGCACUAGGUUCCACAGGUGUAACAGUUGGAGUCAAGUCUCAAACACAGGGCUGCCAGAUUCUGAUGGUUGACCAUAAUGUUUCUUCGGGUUUUCAGUAAAAAUAAAAGACACAUUUUUCAUUUUCACCAAGAACUUUAUUGAACAACGUAUUCACUGUUUUGUUCCACUACCUUCUGCCAUUUUUCAGGCAACUUCAUAAUUCCAUCUUCCCAAAACUUUUUAUCUUUUUGAGCAAAGAACUGUUCCAGGUGCCUUUUACAGUCUUCCAGGGAAUUGAAAUGUUUUCCAAUAAGAGAAUUUUGUAAAGACCAAAAUAAAUGGAAAUCCGAAGGUGCAAUGUCUGGUGAAUACGGCAGAUGAAUCAGAACUUCCCAGCCAAGCUAUAACAGUUUUUGCCUGAUCAUCAAAGAAACAUGCAGUCUUGUGUUAUCCUGAUGAAAGAUAAUGUGUUUUCUGUUGCCUAAUUCCAGAUGCUUUUCGUCGAGUGCUGCUUUCAGUUGGUCUAACUGGGAGCAGAACUUGUUGGAAUUAAUUGUUUGGUUUUCCAGAAGGAGCUCAUAAUAGAGGACUCCCUUCCGAUCCCACCAUAUACACAACAUCUCCUUCUUUGGAUGAAGACCAGCCUUUGGUGUGGUUGGUGGUGGUUCAUUUCGCUUGCUCCACGAUCUCUUCUGUUCCACAUCAUUGUACAGUAUCCACUUUUCAUCGCCCAUCACAAUUUGUUUUAAAAAUUGAAUGUUUUCAUUAUGUUGCAGUAGAGAAUCCCAUGCAGAAAUAUGGUCAAGAAGGUUUUUUUCACUUAUGUGGAACCCAAGAUCAAAGCGAUUAACAUAACCAAGCUGGUGCAAAUGAUUUUCAGCACUUGAUUAGGAUAUUUUGAGUAUGUCAGCUAUCUCCCGCAUGGUAUAACGUUGAUUGUCCUCAAUUAAUGUCUCGAUUUGAUCACUAUCGACCUCAACUGGUCUACCCGACCGUGGAGCAUCGUCCAGCGAGAAAUCUCCAACACAAAACUUCACAAACCACUUCUGACACAUUGGCAGUCACAGCACCUUUCCAUACACUGCACAAAUCUUUUUUUUUUUGCGUUUCAGUUGCGUUUUUACCUUUCUUGAAAUAAUAAAGCAUAAUAUGCCGAAAA